AUGGCUGCCGCUUCUGUCAUGAUCCCCAUCUCCGCCAUCAACGGCACCCUGCCUCCCAGCGCUCUGGUCCAGCACUCUCCCCGCCACGGCCGCAGCCGGGCCGCCAGCAUCAAGGGCAAGAACCGCUACAAUGUCCUGGAGAACCGGGACGGCGCCAUUAUCAAGGCCGUGGCCUUUGUCAUGAAGCGUGCCAUUCGCCAGAGCGAGCUCGACGCCGAGAGCGGGGAUGAUGAUGAAGAGACCGACGAGGACGAGGAGACGGACCGUCUCGUCUCCUCGGACGACGGUUGGGUCAUGCUCCCGGAUCUGCUCCAGCACUCGCGCAUCACUGACCUCCGCGUCACUGUUUCCGACAUUCAACGCAUCGGCGCCAACGCCACCAAGGCCCGCUUCGAGCUCCGGCAGCAGAAGCAGCAAGCCGGCGAAGACGCCGCAUCCUCUUUCCAGAUCCGCGACACCCACAAGCGGCGGGACAGCGUGCAGGCGCCGCCCAUUAUCGUCGAGGGCGAGCCCCUCUCGGCCGACGCCGAGGAUCUCCCCGAGUACGUCGUCUACGAGACCUCGUACGAGGCUUACCCGCACAUUGUAGCCUCCGACGGCAUCCAGCGGGCCGCUGGCGCCUCGUACAUAUCCUUUUCCCCAAUUGUUGCUGGCGCCGCCGCCAGCGACGCCGACGUCGGCAUCUGGGUCCACUUGCGCACGGCGCUCGAGGCCGAGCCGGCCCUUGUCUGGCAGCGGACCGCCUCGGGUGCCGUAGUCACGGCCAACGAGGUAGUGCCCAAGUCCCUCUGGAAGCGGGCUGUGGCGCGCCGCCAGGACAUUGGCCUCCUCUUUGAGGACGGCGAGGUCCGCAAGGAGGUGCCCGAGGCCCUUCGUGGCAAGGGAUCCAAGGGCAAGGCCAAGAAGGGCAAGGGCUCCUUCAAGAGCCGAGGAGGUGAGGAGGCCUCGGACAGCGCCAGCGACGAGUAA